GUAAUCGACAGCCCCGGGCAGGUAAACCGCUCUUGUUGCAGCUAGAGGCACAUUUGUUGACCGUAUUAAACGUCCUUUCAGCCUCAAGAAAAAAUUAAAAAUGACCCACGACGCAGUUUGGUUCUCUCGCCCCAGAAAGUACGGCAAAGGUAGCCGUCAGUGCCGGCUCUGCGCCCACCAGGCCGGUCUCAUCCGCAAAUACGGUCUUGACCUUUGUCGUCAAUGUUUCCGUGAAAAGUCGGCUGCCAUCGGUUUCGUUAAGAACCGGUGAAGCAUGCCGCAUACGAGCGUCCAUCGUGCACCUGCUUCCCUUUGUCAUUCCAUUAUCUUCGAUUAUCAAUACACGCCAGCUGUCCUUUUGUAUGCCACUAUGUCAUGCAGAAAUGAAGCUCUCCCACUAUAUGAAUUUGCAUUGUUAAACAGU